GAGGUCCAUGUUGCUCUAUGGCUGGACUUGGGCUGGCUGGACGCUGCCGAUCAUGGAAAAAACAAAAAAUGAAGAAGAAGAAAGUUUCUUCCAGGAUGUAGAUAUUUUACAAAAGCACGGCAUAAAUGUUGCUGACAUCAAGAAACUGAAAGGUGCAGGAAUUUGCACAAUAAAAGGUAUUCAAAUGUCGACCAAGAAAAAACUUUGUAAUAUAAAAGGAUUUUCGGAUGCAAAAGUAGAGAAAAUAAAGGAAGCUUGCCAAAAAGUAGUGACGCUCGGAUUCAUGACUGCCUUAGAAGUCAGUGAUCGGCGAAAGCAGGUUUUCAAAAUUAGCACGGGAAGCACGGAGUUGGAUAAGCUUUUAGCAGGUGGAAUAGAGUCGAUGGCAAUCACAGAAGUUUUCGGCGAGUUCCGUACUGGGAAGACUCAACUAUCACACACGUUAUGCGUCACUACGCAGAUUCCCAACGCCACAGGCUACCAGGGUGGAAAGGUCAUGUUCCUCGAUACUGAACAUACAUUUCGUCCAGAUCGACUGCGGCCUAUAGCAGAUAGAUUCAAUCUGGACCAAAAUGCCGUAUUGGACAACGUUCUUUAUGCAAGAGCGUAUACUUCGGAACAUCAGGCGGAACUCCUAGAUUUCGUAGCAGCAAAGUUCCACGAGGAAGCCGGGGUAUUCAAACUGCUGAUUAUUGAUUCAAUAAUGGCGUUAUUCCGUGUCGACUUCUCCGGCCGCGGUGAACUAGCUGACCGACAGCAGAAGUUGGCGCAGGUGCUUUCUAGGCUUCAAAAGAUAUCUGAAGAGUACAACGUGGCUGUAUUUAUAACAAACCAGAUGACGUCCGAUCCGGGUGCCACACUUUCCUUUCAAGCAGACCCGAAGAAGCCUAUCGGGGGAAACAUUCUAGCGCACGCGUCUACAACUAGGAUCUCCCUGCGCAAAGGCCGGGGCGAGAAUCGCAUAGCCAAGAUAUACGACUCGCCCGACCUGCCGGAGAGUGAAGCUACGUUCUCUAUCACUAAUGGUGGAGUUGCUGAUGCUAAAGAUUAGAAAUAUUAAAAUAACUUUCUUAAAAAAAAAUGUGUUGUUUGCUCAAUUAGAAUAUACAGAAUAUAUAAUAUAUAUUAGAUAUGCCUCUGUUUGGUUAGACUUCAGGUGCAGUGAU